AUGCAGAGCUUUGUUCGUAGCAACCUCGAUUUACAGAAGGAAAUCAAAGACACCAUCGCGAAUAAAGUGGAUGGAAUGUUCUUGUUGGCAAGGCUUCUCAUCGAUGCUUGGUCCAAUAAGCUGAACCCAAAGGAGCUCAAGAAGGCACUCAAAGCCUUUAGGGCAACUAAUGGGAAGGGAAACGUCUACUCAGUUGUAUACGAUGAGGCUAUGAGACGAAUCGAGUCUCAGCCCUCUGAGCGUAUCGAGCUUGCGCUAAACAUUCUCUCUUGGAUUACUGGCGCAAGGAGACCUCUAAAAGUCGUAGAGCUGCAACAUGCCCUUGCCAUCGAAGAAGAUGAAGCGGAGAUAGACCAGGACAAUAUUACACCAGUCGAAACCAUGGUCUCAGUAUGUGCCGGGCUGAUCACGGUCAGUGAGCAAAGUGGCGAGAUGCGACUUGUGCACCAGACAACACAAGAGUAUUUCGAAGAGAACAGGCAUCAGCUGUUUCCUGAAAUUGAAUCGCAGAUUGUGAAGGCAUGCGUCAGCUACCUGUCUAUCGAGAAUUUCUACAAUAGCGACAAUAAGCUUUCUGGUCCGUCCGAUUGGGGCUGGGAUUGGAAGAGACACGUGACGGCUCCGUUCUUCGACUACGCAGCCAUGCACUGGAAAGAUCACGCUCGAGCAUGCUCCGUCAUUCCUCCAGAAGUCAUCAGGUUCCUGCGAAAUCAGACCAUGUGCGAUAGAUCUCUUUCAACCCUCUGGGAGCUGCAUACGGCACCGAGCUUCCCGAGCACACCAACACAUGUCGCAGCGUACUUUGGACUAAUCCAACUGUUUGUGACAGCCAGUCUACCAGAAGUCGAGGAGAACUCUACCGAUGAUAGUGGCGAGAUAAGCCUGUGGUGGGCUGCGUUUGGAAAUCAAACGGACGUAGUGAAACUUUUGCUCCAUACCGACGACGUUCAAGGCACAUCGUUCGCUAGGCCUUCAAAGGAUAGGAUAUCACCCCAGACCAUUCGACGAGCCAUGCGGGCGGCAUUACAGAAUACGCACAGCGCAACUCUCGAGGUUCUCAUUAAUUUUUAUGCUGAGAGAGGAUUCGACAGUGAGCUCAAGCCGGAUGAUGAAGCGUCGGUUUUCCUCAAGCCUACGUCUGAGCGGUCUUGGGAAUGCAGCGCCCCUUGA